GGUUUCUGGAAUAGUCCUUUGAUACAAAAGCAACCUAAAAUCGAUUCGAUAAGAAGUGAUCGGCUAUAGUGAAUUGCAAACGCUUCUUCACAAUCCGUACUGUACUGAACAGUAUAUCAAAAAAGUUUUUAAUGUUUGUGCGUUGGAUGCGCGCAGCCGGUUCACAAUAAAAAUGUCGGCUGUCAUUAUUUGAGAAUGAUCUUAAUUUUAUUAAUACUGUGACUAUUAGAUAUUUAUGCCGACCGCAAUGGUACUGGAGAGCAUAGAUAAAUUAGCCGAGGAAUUAGAAAGGCAAGAGCUCGAGGCCCCGAACGGCGUAGCGACAACACAAGUUUACGAACAGUUAUUAGCUAUUUAUUUAUAUCAGAAUGAUUUAUGUAAUGCCAAGUGUUUAUGGAAGCGUAUACCAGCAAACAUUAAGUCAUCCACUGCGGAGCUGGGCCAGAUCUGGGCUGUGGGUCAGCACAUGUGGAAGCGGGAAUUCCCCCAAAUUUACAAAGCCCUGACUGCAGUUAAAUGGUCAGACAUUGUAGCGGAAAUUAUGAAACAUGUUCAAGAUAAAGUGCGCCUUAGAGCUGUAGACUUAAUAUCACACGCCUAUUCGUCAAUCACGUUGGAAACUGUUGCCCAGAUGACGGGGCUUACCGUCGAGGUGGCAGGUGCUGCAUGCAUUGAGAAGGGCUGGCAUAUUGAGGCUGACACUAGGAUGGUUCAUCCAGUGAGGCCCAGUCCAGAGCCAAGUGGACAUAUUUCUAGUGAAGAUCAACUAUACAAACUCACCGAUUUCGUUUCUUUCCUCGAAAACUGAUGAUUACUUAUGAUAUAAUUGUUUUUUUUUCUUCUUUUCUUUCUCUCAUUUAUUUUUUACACGCGAUUCGUAUUUAAAUGUUAAG